AUGGGCGACAUCCCCACACACCCACCAGUCCACUGCCUCGUCCCUAAAGUCGAGAACGAUCCUGUCUCUGGUGGUGUCGACGCGAUGCUGCGCAUGGAUCAACCAUCUUCUCAAGACGGUGAGACCGGUCCUGAUGCGUUCGAUGGCGGUGUGAGAAGCUCGUCGAUCACGGAUACGAGCCCGAUACCGCUCCAGCAUCUCGAGGACCGGAUGCAAGUUCUGUUCGAUCUUGCGGAAAUGAGUACGGACAACGUCAUUGUCGCGGUUGACCACUAUGUCUUGUUUCCUCGCAGCCCAUAG